AUGGCCGUUUUCAAGCUCCAGGGCAGCAUUGGGGACCCUUCCUUUGCCGAUAUCUUUAUUGCGGAGGGUGGGUUGACCAGAUUGCGCUACCUGACCCUACACGCCAGUGGGAACACAUUGGCAUACAGCCUGACGAGUUUCGCCAGACUGCUGGAGGUGGACAAGGGUUGGGAGUUUGUCGACCAAGAAGUCGUUGAGAGAAUUGUGGAACUCAUCGUAACGCACCCCUUGGUCAAUAUUCUACGCGGCGCAAUGUCCAUCCUCGUCUCCAUCGUCUCGCAUCCAUAUACCGGAGGACGGUCUUCUCAGAGUGGAACUUUCGGAUUUCGGGCGUUGAAGCCGGCGAUUGCGAUAUAUCCGCAAUUCCUGGAAAUGCUCGUCAGUAGACUUUCAUCGGCCGACCAUGCGCUCUGCGCAAACGCUCUCCAAUUAAUCAACUCCCUCAUGCGCGACUCGAUUACCAACGACGUGGAGUCGGAAUGGCCCAAAUUCAUCCAGAAAUUGCAGGACCUGGGAGUGAUCAGGGCGGUUUAUUCUCUCAUGCAAGGCUCCACGUUGCAGGACCAUGCGCACCCACUCAUUGAGUUUCAAUCCCUCACCAAGGUCCUGCUCCGAAAAUGGCGGGACAUUCCUUUGGACCUCGAAAAUCCAGAACAUAGACGAGCGCUAAAGGGAAUCCAUCUGGCUAGUAACCCGGACAGGAAUCAACACAAAGGCAACGAUGAUCCGAACGACGUGCGUCGAUCGAAGAGACACAAUCCGGAGAAGUGGAGACGGCUUGGAUUCGAAUCAGAAAGCCCCGUCAUGCAAUUCGAGCAUAUGGGCUUUCUGGGCAUGAUGGACUUGGCCGAUUACGUCCGAAACCACCAAGACGGAUUUCAGCAGAUCCUUCUCGAGCAAUCGACGAAGCCAUCCCAGUAUCGCUGUCCAAUUGCGCGUGCAUCGUUAUCUGUCACGUCCAUCCUGUAUGAGCACUUCGAGGUGGACAAGUCUGAAAUGGAGGACGCCAAGAGUUAUCUGAUCAUGGAGUCGCGCUCGAACCUCGACAAGUUGUUCAAACCCCUCUUACUACACUGGACGCGGUUGCAUGUUGCAGGCCUGCAUGCGUUUUUCCGUCUGUGGAAGGCAACCGGCGCAGAGCUCGAAGAUUACGACAAGAUUGUCGAACUAGUUCGCAUUCUUAUCGAAUCGGUCGUUGGGGGAGCUCCCCGGACGAAAGAUGUACAGGAUAUCGAAGAAGAGCUGGCAGACUUUGAAUAUGGCCGGCUUCGCGAGCUUCAGAUGGAAAUCCUCGAGCUGACUUAUGAGGACUUCUGGGGACAACACCUGCGCCAGAUCCGCGAGGAAUUGCACCAUGAAGCUCUUCAGUUUGUCAAGGAACAAAGGAUUCGAUGCCUGCUACAGGGUGCCUGGUUCCCCAGUGGAAACCAAGGGAAAGAUGGGGUGACUUCUACCGACAUGGCGUGGAAGUUCGUUCAGCUUUCUCACAACCGAAGAUACCUGCAUUUCGGGCACUUCGAGAGCAUGGGUGAUGGACGCCCAGACCUGGAUGCUCUCCCAGAGAAAAUCGAUUUGUCGAUUGUCUCUUCCGUGGUCUCAAAUAUCUCAACAGCACCCGACGACGCCUCGUCCUCGACAGUAAAAAGUGCAUCGCAGCCUGUCUCUUCGACGAAAAUCACCAUCCAUGGCUACUCGACGACAGAUGAAUCCCAGCGUACUAAUACUUCUCAUUCCAAUAAGACGCUUCAAAAGGAGAAUGUCCUCCUAAGCCUUCGGCCACAGUCAACCAGCAUUGCAUCUGAAUGGCUGGAUGGGCUGCUCAUGCUCCUGAAUCAACAGCCUAUCACCGCGGAAACGAGCAAAUUGAUCACGUUGGUGAGCAACUACGGUUUCAAGAUUCGUCUUUUGAACAUUCGGUUUGAUGACGGCUUGUUUGCCGGUGACGCCCCAGUGGUUCCUUCGCGAGAAGGUCUUGAUGAUAACUACUACUAUGAUGUCUUUGGGGGUAAUUAG